AUGGCGAGUAUCUCGUCCGCGCCGAGCACACGGCUCUCCACGCCGCCGGCGCCAUCGGUGGCGCCCAGUUCUACAUGGGCUGCGCCCAGAUCAAGGUCGAGGGUGGCGGCAACGGCACCCCCUCCCCCACCGUCAAGUUCCCCGGCGCCUACGACGGCACCGAGCCCGGCAUCCACAUCGGCAUCUACUACCCCGCCCCCACGGAGUACAAGAUGUUCGGCCCUGCCACCUGGCCCAACGCCUGCUCCGACCACACUGCCAACCUCGACGGCCAGGAGUCCGACGGUGACUGCACUGGCGACGAUGGCGCCGCUGCUCCUGCUCCUGCUCCCGUCCCCGUUCCUUCUCCUGCUCCUCCUGCUGGCGGCAACGCCACCGUGCCCGUGCCUCCUCCCGCCGCCGGUGGCGACGACGAGCCCACGGCGCCCGAGGAGACCGUUCUCCCUGCCCCCGUCGAGACCGAGUACCCCCUCCGAGCCCGAGUACCCCGUCCCCGCGCCCACGGAGCCCGUCUCUCCCCCUUCGGCCACGGAGCCCGUCACCGCCCCGCCCGCCGAUGGCGAGGAGGACACCGGCUGCCCUGCCACCCGCCGCCGCCGCGCCCUGCGCAAGGCUCGCAAGGCCCGUCUCGCGCGCCGCCAGGCUCGCUUUGCGUACACUGUCUAA